AUGAAGGCUUUAGAUGGCACUAUCAUAUCAACCUCCCCAACAAAUAGCACCUACUCCCAACCAAAUGAAGAAGGUACUAAUUUUCACAGUAACUCAAAUGAAGGCAGAAAGAAGUGCAUCCCACAGCAACAAUCUCAGGGCACAGACACAAACAACACCCAUCUCCCACUGCAAAAACUUAACACUGCUCUUGAGCCAAGUACACAAGGGAUUCAAGAGUCAUCUGCAUCCUUUCACUUCUCUAACCACACCUCAAAAGGUAAGGAAAUAGUAGCUGUGAUGAACACUAUUCAGGAAAGCAACUCCAGCACCCAACCACCCUUAGAGGCACAAGCAGUACCCAUGGGAGGAGAUAUGGCCAUGCAGAUAGAAAAAGAAAAAGCAUAUCCUGCUUUGACAACCAAACCAGCCCAAGGGAAAACAUGGAAGAGAAUAGCUUCGAAAGUUGGCAGACUUGUUAGGGAAAGUGAAGCAGCACAAGUCUAUCAUUCUCAUAAGCACAACAAGAGAACCGAGAAAGAGAGCUCAAAUGCAGCUAUUAUAGUACAUGAUGCAAACAAGGAAUAUGGAAAGAAAUCCCAAGUGGGCAGGAAACUGAGAUUCAAGACCAUGGCUGGGUCCAUAGGUUGGGACUCCUUCCUCCACAAAGAACUGCUGAUGGACAUAACCUAA